AUGAAUCCUCCAUAUGCUCCACUUCCUCAAGCCCACCCCGGGGACAAUUUCCUGCCGAAAAGCAAGACCAUCGCGGAACUCAAGGCCAAGAUCAACUCGCAUGGCUGGUCUGACACCCCCGAGAACCGACACGAGUUCAUGCGCAGCUUCGACACCGCCCCGCGGAAUGACAUGGGGUACUACCACCUGUCGCGGCUCAUCGACCUCAUCGACAUGAUCGUCUUCCACCGGCUGUUCAAGGGGCGCUUCGGCAUCCUGCUGACGCUGGUGAAGGAGGACUGGGCGCCUCGGGCGGGCGAGCCCUGGGCCGCGACCCGGAUCCAGGUGCAGCAGCCGUGGCCGUCGAGCGUGAUCUGGAUGUGCGGGUCGAUCGACCGGGUGACGAUGCAGGUGCGCGUGGAGAUGACGCGGCGCACGCAGAUGACGGUGCUGGUGCACGAGAUGGCGCACGCGUACAUCUCCACCUUCUGGCGCGAGAACGCCGCCGACCGCGCCAACAUCCAGACCAACCACUACCACGGCGAGUGCUUCUGGUACGUCUUCAAGCGCGCCUGCGGCAUCCUCGAGCACAUCCACCCCGAGCUCUUCGGCAUGGCCAUAGGCGGCCCCGCCUUCCUCCAGAACCUCGACGCCCCCGGCAACCUCGACGGCCUCGGCAUGGGCCCCCCCUUCCCCGACGAGCCGCCUAGCCCGCCUGAACCACCCACCAUCAUCAACCCGUCCCCAGAUGGGUCGCCUAACCCGUCGCCUGACCCGUCGCCUGACCCGUCUCCGCCCCGGUCAGAUAGCUCGGGCUCGACGGCUACCACCGCGAUACUGGUGGGACCCGUGGCAGGUGGAGCGGGGCCCGUCGCAGCGCCAGAGCCAGAGCCAGCGCCAGAAUGGGCCGCCGAUCGGGCUCUUCUUUUAGCGAGAAUGGAAAGACAACGAUACCGGCGUAUGACCGGGGCCUUGCUCUUGAUUCUCGUCGUGCUCGCCUUCCUCACCCGGGGACAGUAG